AUGGAUCGAGACGAAUUCUUGAAGCGAUGUCGGCUCAUAAGCCACCAAUGCGCCGUGGAGUGCGCUCGUCUGCAAGCAGAAGGACAAGCACAGUACGAGGUAGAACAGCAGAAUGAGUUGCGCUGGGCAUAUAUCGCACAAAUUGAGAGGCUUGGAACAGACAUGUCCUUGGGAAAAUACGACACAGAACAAACCCGCCAUCAGGGGGUCUUGGCGAACCCCACGGCAGAAGUCCAAACACCUCAGGCGGUACGGGCUGCCAUCGACGCCGAGCAUGUGAUCCACAACGACAUCAUUGUUGCCUUGCUAAAAGACCACAAGAGAUUGAUGGAGUGGUCUUUGAGAAGCUCACGUCUUACACGCAUGGACCAACUUAUUCGUAUGCGCGACAAUGUUCCUAUACAUGAGCAGGACAGCUAUACGAGGCAAUUCAUUCAGGGACGCAUGAAGUUGGACGAUCGGGUCAUCAGAAAGUUGGCGGCUUACUUCAAGGUAUUCCAUAUGGGUGACCAACGUCUGCUGAAUCGAAACGCCUUUCUCGGUCAAAUCCUCGAGGAUAUCGUGCAGCCAAAGCCUUCCAGGUGGCCAGGACUGGGGCUGCAGGUCGUCGAAGAUGGCCUGCGGAUGGCAGGACCGGUUCGAGCUCGGUCAGCAUUUCGAGAUGUUCCAUCCGCCAGGAACACACGUAAGUUGCAAGUUGCAGAUGAGCGCAUAACCCCUAUGAGGAAUUCGUUGGCCGCAGCGGGUUUUGAGUUCGAGAAGUUUCUGGGGGUAGGAGGUCACGGCCUGGCGGCACUGUUUAGAUGCGUUGAUAGACUUGGCCAGACUCGUAGGGUCGUCGUGAAGAUGGACUUGCAUCAACAACGGGCCUCAUCUGACUUUGGGGUGGCUCGUGAAAAGAACCUCUUGACAAAAAUGACCGGCCGGAUGCAUAUACUCCAGAGAGUCAGCCUUGACCGUCUGCGGGCAAACAUGUUGUCCUCGGACCCUCGUACCAGAGCGCUUGAUGAGAGCGACGAUAUUAUGGUGCUCGAGUUUAUGGGGAAGGGCGACGUGUACAACCUCAUCUGCACGCUCGUUGAGCGCAGGCUGAAUCUCAACUCGCAGAUCCUGUGGCAAAUCUUCAAGUGCUUGUUCAAGGGCUGCGUUGCCAUGGCGUGGCCGGACAAGAAUGCGCCGCCAUACGAUGGUGCCGUCGUGAGCGAGACCUCACAAGGCCUCGAAAAUGACGAUGAUGAAUAUGCCGACUUCAACGAACCGUCUUCUCGUGCCAUAAUUCAUUUUGACAUUGACCCAUGUAACAUCCUCAUUGGCAAUGUGGAUGCCAACGGCGUUGAGCACGAUACUCUGCCAGUCUUCAAGAUUGGCGAUUUUGGAGUGGCAGAAAUUGUGAACAGGGAUGACGUACACCGCGGAAAGCAAGAGACUUUGACACCGGAGCAAUUUUGUCGAGAAUGGGAUUACAUCUACGAAGCUCCUUACUAUGAGCGCCAACGCGACCCGACGAACACGCUAUAUUCUACAGCCGGGCGAUACAACAAGUAUCACAAUAUUUACCAAAUCGCAGUGGUUAUGUGGUGUCUCAUCACCAAAGUUCACUUGCCACAACCAAAACUGGAAACCAUUUACGGCGAAGACGGCACGACAGUCUACACAUAUGGCAAGGAGCUGAUGGGGCCUCAGUAUGACCACGUCGACAAGGCUCUCCGGCAGGCUCUUUGUCAUUGCCUUGCCCACGACCCCGACAUGCGCCCGAAUUUUGUGGCUCUGGAAGAGCUCAUCAACCAAAGGACCAACCCGAGGUUUUGGAACCAGGCAAUGAGAGAUGAGACCGAGAGGCUUCGCACUGAGCUUUUCAGCAAUCCCAGCCCAGCGACAGGCCCAGCGCCCCAAGGCCCCUCUCAGGGCCGGAGUAACCGGCAGCAACCACCCAUGAGCAAUCUCAGACAGAUGCACCAAAACGCCCGCCCCCCUCAUGGACAGCCAGCCGCACAACCGCCCAUGACCCGCCCCAUACCGUCACAGAGGCCUCGCCCCGGUCCGCCGCACGGAGAGCCGCAGCUUCGACGGACGAACGGGAGGAUCCCGAGCCGAGGAACAGCAAGCGGCCAGAGACAAGCGAGGAGGACGCCGCCGGCCAGGCGCGUCUACAACGCCGUGGGCCGCAUGUUUGUCGGCUCGCUCGAGCCCCGUUACCCGCCGACCCGGAGGUACUACGGUUUCGACUACGACACUCAUAACGCGCAGGGAGGGUAUCGCAGGCGGUCCACCGCGUCAAGGGUCAGGGACAGUCUGGUGGGGACCUGGAGCAAGCUGUGGGAUAAGUACAAGGAUCACUCUAAUAAGCGCUGAGGCUUGGUGUUGGGGAUGACGCGUCUGUCGUAUUGGUUUUGGUUUUCUUUUCUUUUCUUUUUUUUCCCUCAAAGUUUUUGAGGCUGUCUGUUUGUUCUUCUUGUCAUUCUGCUCCAUCGGAUUUGCUUCUCUUUUUUCCUUUUUCACCCCCUUUUUUUUCACUGCGUUUGCUUCUUACUUCCUGUUCUCAAUUAUAUUGUAAUAGACUCUGGCUUGUUCUCAACUCAUACGGCGCAUACGAGAGCCUUUCCUGAAUUUCCGUUCUAUACCCAGUUCAUUUGCAAGUUUAUUCAAUCUUCGUGUUCCUCUAUUAUUUUUUCUAUCAUGUCAUGUUCGUCAGGGUAUCUAGCAUAUGUACUGUCAUUGUCAUUUCAG